AUGUUGAUGAUGAUGCAAUUUGAUGCAGUGAACUUGUCAUAUUGUCUGGCGAGAUUGGCGGUGGAGGUGUUGGCGGUGGAGGUGUUGCCAAUGAAGGUGGAAUUUUAUUUAGUGGAACAAUUGUGUUACCUACAUUGUAAUGAAUAUUUGGAUAUGGAUAACUGGAUGGGUAUGAAGGUUGCAUUUGCGACUGAACUAAUACUGGAGGAGAUCGGAAAACUGAACAGUAACAAAGGACUAAACCUGAAUAGUCCAACGGACUACUUAGUUGCCAGGCAUAACUUCGAGGGGUGUGUUAACAUACGCAUCCCCUCUAAGGAGGAAUGGGAGGAUAACUCGGUGAUAAACGAACACGAAACAUCAGUCUACACCGAUGCCUCCAUAACCAAAACGGGUGCAGGCAUUGGAAUCUACUCUGAGGCGCUCAACAUCCAGAAGUCAUACAGACUAAAGAACGGUUGCCACGCCAUACAGGCAGAAAUCUGUGCAAUAAGGGAGGCAGCCAGGCUAAUCUGGGUGAGUGGCAAACCAUUAAGGGAUGUCACAAUCUACUCUGACAGUCAGGCUGCGCUCAGAAGUAUUGCAUCAAAAACAGUGAGAUCAAAGGUAGUGAUGAGUUGCCAAGAAGCGCUGUCCUGGCUCCGCGGCGACGGGGUCGGUCUGCGCUGGGUUCCCGGUCACAAAAAUGUGGUAGGGAACAUAGGUGCGGACAGACUGGCGAAGCUGGGGGCGGGAGGGAACGGCGCGGAGGUAAUGGACUCCCCACUACCACCGAUCAGUUCACUAAAAGAUGCCAUAGAGGAAAUUAUACUGGAGAAACACAGAGAGAUUUGGCAAAACCGGAAUGAUUGCGGGAUAGCCCGAAAUCUCUGGCCUAAGAUAGAUAACAAUAGGACUAGGCAACUAUUGAAACACAAGAAGAACCUGGUUCGCAUAGCAGCAGGAGUCGUCACAGGAAACUGUGCGGUCGGAGUGAACCUCCAGAAAUGGAAAAUCACAGAUGACAGCAGCUGCAGAGAAUGCAACGAGGAAGAAGAAACAAUUGAGCAUCUGAUGUGCUGGUGUCCAGCCCUAGAAAACCGACGCCUCCAGACAAUGGGACAAGAAUUUCUGGAUGGACUGGAAGACGCAGCGGAGAUGGGCAUUGACAAUAUAAUGAGCUUCGCACGGAACUGGAAGUGUUUCAACGCGAGGUGGUAA